GAUGCUAACCCAGCAGCUAAUUACACCUGGUACAAAACUAAUGGAAAUGGAGUCAGUUUUAAAUCCCAGCUUGUCUUCAGGUCCAUCCAGUCCUCUGACUCUGGACAGUAUUACUGUACAGCUGAGAACGAGCUGGGGAGGACGACGUCUGAGUCCAUCUCUGUGGAUGUGAAACAUGGUCCAAAGCUUCCCUCUGUGUCAGUGAGUCCCUCUGCUGAGAUAGUGGAGGGCAGUUCAGUGACUCUGAGCUGCAGCAGUGAUGCUAACCCAGCAGCUAAUUACACCUGGUACAAGGACAACCAAAAACUGAUGCAGGGACCAAAAGGUAUUUAUCCUUUCAAAUCGAUCAGGUUAGAGGACAAUGGGAUCUACUACUGCAAGUCUCAGAAUCAGUAUGGCCUGGUCAACUCCACAUCUGUGCACAUCAACAUCCAGUAUGGUCCAAAGCUUCCCUCUGUGUCAGUGAGUCCCUCUGCUGAGAUAGUGGAGGGCAGUUCAGUGACUCUGAGCUGCAGCAGUGAUGCUAACCCAGCAGCUAAUUUCACCUGGUACAAGGAGAAUGAAGACUCACCAAAAGCAUCAGGACAGAACUUCACCAUCACUGACUUCAGAGCUGAACACAGUGGGAAUUAUUACUGUGAAGCCCAGAACUUAAUAGGAAGUCAUAGGAACACCUUACAUCUGACUGUUGUGGCAAGUUUAAUGAAAGUAGCAGCUGCUGGAUCAAUCACUGCUAUUCUUCUGGUCAUCAUAGUCCUCUCUGUCUUCCUAUUUAUCAGAAAAAAAAGGUCUGCAAAACAAACCACAGAGCGACCGGACCACAGAACACAGGUAAACAUGGGUUCAGUGUGUGACAACACUUCAGCUGCAUUAGAGAGUCAACCAGCAGAGGAGCGGGACGACCUUUGGUAUGCUAGCGUAAGGUUCCAUAAAAACCAGGAAGACGCUCUCUACUCCAACAUCACACCAGUUCAGCGCAACAGACAGAAGAAUGAAGAAGAAGAAGAGGACAGUGACUGCGUGGAGUACAGUGCUGUCAACUUUAACAAUGCCAGUGCGCCUCAAGUAUUAACAUGUCCAGAAGAUGCUGCGCAGGAUCCGUCUGCCCUGUACAGUACAAUCCCCAAAAAACCAGCAUGAACACAGCACAAAUCUGUGGUCUGUUCUCCACAGUGUUUAAACAAAAAGUGUCCACAGCAGCACGGAAAUUCACUAAUCAGGACUGAACUGGACAGUAAUGCAGGAUAAAGGCUCCUGUGAAAAUCAACGCAUAGCCAACAAAAUAACUUCUUCUACCAUCAGCCGUUUGUCACGAGUUUGUUUGGGGUUCCCAUAAUCUCUUAUGCCCACCAACACCACCAACGCAACUGACAUUUUCUUAAAGGCAUUGACUGUGCAGUUCAU